CAUCAGAACAGAUAGGUGUUUUCAGUGGAGAUGAAUUGGAAGUGUUUCGUAAAAUAAUAUCAAGUACAAUGAUCAAACAAAAAUGUAUUUUGUUACACAAUUCAAAUAACCAAUACGCAAUUACUAUUUUACAUUUUUAAUAAAAUCUUUUGUUUGCUCGGCCUGAUUCACGGCAAGCUAUAUGAUCAGCCGAUGCUUGGUAUCCUAUAUUGGCCGAUACUCGGCGUAUGGUCGGAUGCCAUUAAAAUUAUUUUUCGUUUUUGGUGUUCACGCCGCAUAUAUCGCGUGUUUUUUAGUUCCUUGCAAAUAUGCAAAUUUGCAUCUCUUGUGCGAAGAUCAACUGAGUUAUUGUGUUGUAUUUAGUUACGUCCAUUACGUAUGUACACCUGUGUACGAGACGCGACACACUUGAACACGAGUGCCAGCGGCAGCGAACAAGUGCGACACGCGUGCUACGUACCGAACGUUCUCGAGCAUUCGGCAGGCGCCCGGCGAGGAGCGAGAGUGUACGCUGCGCGGCUAAACGUUCCGUCAUCCUGCACGUCGUCCGAGUAUUAUCCUCUUUCAAAGUUGUCGAAACGAGAGAUUAGCAUACCUCAACUUAACCAAGAAAGCGACGAUAACUUUCGGGAACAAGAUGAGUGAUAAUCGAAAUAAUCCUCCACCUCCACAUUUUGCUGUCGUGCGAUUCACGAGCGAGAAAUCAAGAAGAUUGGUUGAUUUAGUACCCUAUUCAUGGGUAUAUGAAACGGAAGAAACAGAAUAUCGUUGCUUGCAUCCCGAUGAAAGCCAAUAUCUUUAUUUGGAUAAGUGGCUUACAACGGAUAAAAUGCCCGAUGAAAAUUAGGAAUCUUUUGCAGUAUCCAUUAUUGCAUAUGCAAAAGAUUUAAAACAAGGAAAAAGAAGAUUAAAACGAGCUUUAAAGACAGAAGAGAUUCAAUGCACCGAUGAUGAUUUACAUAACAACAACAAUAAUGAGAAAGCAGCUGUCAUGUCCAAAGAUUCUGUAACUAAGCAGCUAGAUGCAGUUAUUCCGUGUUCAAAUUUCAAACAACCGUCAAAAAGGAAGAGAGAUGAAACGAAGAAAAAUGAUGAAGAUAGAUCAACGGAAACACCAUAUCCUAUUAUAUUGGACGAUAUACCGGUGGAUAUAUUGAACAUGCCACCAAUUUCAGAUAAUAUCAUAGCCCUGCAAGAUCAUAUAGAUUCAAAAAUCGAGCAGCUUCGGAACGAACUGAUCUGCCAAAUAACUUCUGUUAAAAGAAGUAUCUUAUAUGACCUGGAAAGAAAAAUCACUGAAAUUAAACACACUACUGUAAUAUAUUAAG